UUUAAAUUGAUAGAUAACCAUAUUUAAACUCAUGUUGAUUAAUGUGUAGCCCUAUCAAAAAUAAAACACAUCAGUAAAUAUUUACUAUAAUCUAUAAAAAUUAUAACUAUAUUAACUAAAAUUAAUUACUAAAAAUUAUAAUUAUAUUAUUACUAUAACUAUUUGUUCUUAAUAAUAAUUUAUAAAGAAUUAGAGAUUAAAAAUACGUCUUUUUAGAUGCUCGAGAAUCAUUUUAAUUUUAAUUUUAAUAGCAGUUAAACAAAAAUUUGAGAAUUUUUCCAGUUAUUAAGUCGUGUAUUAUUCCUGAUGUUGUGUGAUUUAAACACGGCAUCUCUGUUUGUUGACUCCCGAUUGUUAUCAAUAUGUUUUUCUCUAAUUUCUUAUAUCGUCUUCUCGCCAGGACAUUUCGAAAAUCUGUUACGUUCAACCGUUCAGUAUUCGCUUACUUGCGAAAUAAUAGAUACGCGUUCUCUCUCGGAAUACUACCAAGUUAUAUUUUCAUAAAAUUCUUUAGCAGCAAUAUAUGUAUCCUCUACGUUAUAAACACGCCACGAGUAUGGAGCCUGCUCAAGGCAUACCAUUCGAGUGCCGUUAAGAAUCGCCGCAAGAAUCGAUUGCGGGACGAAUCACGAUCGUGUCCUAAAUCCGUGAUUCGAGACACUACGCAGAGAGGGAGGAAGGCAAAAAAGGAAGGAUUACAAAAACGCGAACGCGAGAAGAGAGAGCGUCGAACCGGUUGGCCAUUUCAACAAUAAAUUCCAUCGCGCAUCGAACCGGCAUUAUCUUAACCGAAUGUUUUCGGAUGUGACGGUGAACAGCAUGAGAUUACCGGUGAUAGCUGUCAUCGCGUUGGCUACCUUCUCGCUUGCCGAUCUUGAUCUUCGGGGUGCCCAGUGCGGCGAGAAACGUUGCAAUGUGUCGGAAUAUUGCAGCCCCUUCGACAUGCACUGCAGACCCUGUUCGGUCGCAUGCGACGUCAACAGCCACAAUUAUCAACCAGACGAGUGCGUGAAAGACUGUCAAGUUUAUCUUCAUGAUCAGCGCUACAUCGAACGUAUGGAUUCGAAUAGGCAGUACGAUGAUCUCAGAGAGCAGGUGCAAAGACUCAAGAAUUGGUUCGCGAUCACAACGACGUUGACCUGUUUCUCACUAUUGGGAAUGCUGUACCUGCUGGGAAGGACUUUAAUACGGUGGGAAAGGAUCCAAAACACCUUGCGAGCCGUAUUCAGAAAGAAUCUCGUGAAGGUGGCGAAUAAGAAUAAAGACGACGUCGAGGCCGCUGUGAAUAAACAAAAUGAUCUCAAAUUGACUAUACCGAGCAUAAGUGCAACAGUUGAACCAGAACCCAAGAUCACCGAGAAUAGUAGUAGCAAUAGUAACGGGAAUAGCACUACACCGAAUACCACGAGUACCCCUCUGUCACGGCGAUACGCCAGUGAAGACACUACUCUCGAUUAUGCGUACGAUAAUCCGGCGAUGACACCGAGCCCAGAAGCGGCGCAGCUUAGAACAAAAGCUCGUGAGAGCUCGUUUUAAGAUUAUAAAUUUCGAGCACACAACAUAAGGAGAUACGCGUAAAAUUGUUCUCGACUUUGUCGAGAGGCAGAUCUUAAAACGAAAAAUAUUUCUAAAUGAAAAUGUUUGUACGUUUAAAGAAAAACACGAUUUAAAGUUUCGCUGUGAAAUUGUUGGAACAAGUUUUGUGAUAUAGUAAUUGUUUUUAUGAAAAAAAAUUGUUUUACCGGAACUUUACACGAUUCUGGUUUAAGUGAGCAGGAAAAAUGGAAAUAGGAUGUGGCGAAGUGCAUAUGAAUGAAAUAUGACGUGGCCAGUAUUUCCUAUUUUGCGAUUGUACAUUGGAGUAUUUCGUAAGAUUUUUCACGUUUUUACAAAAGGAUUUUUUGAGAUAUUGUAAAUGCAUAAUGGAGUAGAGAACGAUCAAAUGAGAGAGAUCGUUCAUCGCCACUUUGUCUUUCUUAUAUAUAAAUGCUCGCGCGAAUUUUCUGUAUUUUAAAGAAUUUCUAAAAGCGAUAUUCACAGUUGAUUGGUAUUCCAUGAAUAACCACAGCCUCGCAUAGAAUAAUCACUCAUAAUUAUUUUAUUUCAUAAUAAUCUCUGAAUCAUUAAAUGUCGAGUCAUGAAUCGAAUGAUUAAAUAUUAAUGAUAAUCUUAAUCAAAGCUUAUAAAUUUAUAACGUGUGAUUAUUUUCCACUGCAAAUUAGUUACAUAUAAAAUAAAAAAAGCAAUAUUUCCAUUAUAACAACGUAAUUAUGUUUUUGAAUUGAGACUGUGAGUAUCGCUCUAAUUACUUGUAUAAUUAUAAUAUAGUAUCGUAAAUUUAGAGUGACUCGUGAAUGCGUAUUACGUCUCCGCGAACCGUGCGGCUGUGUGACUUAAUUAACAUUUAACGUGAUUAACGCGACAUGCUCGCGCGACUUGCGUAGAUGCACGCAGUGCAAUCUCGUCUUGAUGCUCUCAGUUUUAAACUACCGUCAUCAUGGCGGAACAUCUCGCUUCAACGAAAUUGCAAUACCAAUGCUUCCUUGUAUUGUGAAAAAAAUUGUAAGUGCCUUUAAAAUCAUUUUUUCCUUAAUUUAAAAUUAUUCUUUCAUUGAGGUGAAAAAAAUUGUAAG